AUGAAGAUAUACGAUUACAUGAAGAGCUGCGACGGCAGUGACUACUCUGCACCAUGGGACAUUGAUCUUGACAAGAUUGAGGCUCUUUUAAAAGAUAAGCAAAAGGCUUUGUGGUUCUUGAAAGACAUGGCGCAGAAUUUGAUUCAAGCUGUUGAUGGGUUAAGAGUUGGUAUGGGAUCUGGUUCGAUAUGUACCACACAAGAGGUUUGUGUAGUUGGUCGUGGACAGUUAGACGUCCACCAAGAACACGGGAAAAAAGCAAAGCCAUACUCCACUCGAGACUCACACUCGACAUGUAUAAGCAGAAUCGGGAAAGCCAUAGGUGUGUUGUCUAAUCUAGGCUUCACAAUGACUCUAGAAGUGAUCAUGGAGACUGUUAGCAUUAGAAAUUCGAAGGAUAUCAACGACUAA